CGCUCAUGCGCAAUUGAGUCGAAAGAUCCGGACCCGUUUUCUAGGGACUACAGCGCUCUCCGACUCGUGCCACACUGGCUUUGGACUAAUCAAUCAUGAACGGCGGAGAAAGAAGGAUCAUGUCGUCGCAGUCGUCCGUAUUCUAGAUCAAUAUAGCGUAAUUGAGUCCGCUCUAAUGAGUCAUUAAGUCAGGUAUAGACGUCCUGCUGCUGCAUCCUCUUGCUUGUAUCUUAAUUACCAAACAUUGUGAUGCUCGACUAAAGCACUAUCGGGAUACUUAAUUAGUUUCUCCCUCCCCAAGUAUGAAUACAAUAGGAGUUUCGUUCCUCGACCCCUUGGAUGAUUAUGAAUUAAUUCAUCGAAUAGGGUGCGGCACGUACGGAGAUGUGUUCAAGGCCCGUAACAUCAAGACCUCCGAAAUGACGGCCAUUAAGAUCGUCAAACUGGACCCUGGCGAUGACAUCACAGCCAUCCAACAGGAGAUUACCAUGAUGAAGGAGUGCAAGCACAAAAACAUUGUGGCCUAUUUUGGCAGCUACCACAGGAAUACUAAGCUGUGGAUCUGCAUGGAGUUCUGUGGAGGAGGGUCGCUACAGGAUAUUUACCAGGUGACGGGCCCUUUGAAGGAGAAGCAGAUAGCCUACGUCUGCCGGGAAACACUGCAGGGCUUGCAUCACCUGCACGAAGCGGGCAAGAUGCACAGAGAUAUAAAGGGCGCCAACAUCCUCCUGACAGAGAGAGGAGAUGUGAAACUAGCUGAUUUCGGGGUGGCAGCAGAGAUCAGCGCGUCAGUUGCCAAGAGAAAGUCUUUCAUAGGAACGCCUUACUGGAUGGCGCCCGAGGUGGCGGCGGUGGAGAAGAAGGGCGGGUACAACCACCUGUGUGACAUCUGGGCGGUGGGCAUCACGGCCAUCGAGCUGGCGGAGCUCCAGCCCCCCAUGUUCGAGCUGCACCCCAUGAGAGCACUUAUGCUGAUGUCCAAAAGCAGCUUCCAGCCACCAAGACUGAAGGACAAAACCCUGUGGUCUUCAGGGUUCCAUAGUUUUGUCAAGAUGUCUCUUAUUAAAAGCACCCGUAAGAGGCCCUCGGCUGAGACACUACUGCAGCAUCCCUUUGUGACGCAGCUGUUGACGCGUAACCUGGUGAUCGAGCUGCUGGACACGGUCAACCACCCCGAGCUCCACCCCACGGCCCACAGCAUGGACGACGGCGAGCUGGAGAUUGGGGAAGCUGCACCAGACAAGAUCCAGUCAGCAGGGAAACACCUGGCUGUGGAGAGAACUCUGUCUGAGGAGCAGUUUGACCAAGUCAAGUUCGGGCCCCCGCUCCGAAAGGUGACAGAUCCAGAGCUGGGACGCUACGACGACGACUGGAGUCUCUCCGGGGAGGAAGACACUUCACCGAGCCUGUUGGAAUGUGUGGAAGAGGCUCUUCAGCUGAGAAGCUUAACCAUUCGGAGGGCGCCACCUAGCGACGGGGGCAGUGGUCAGGCCGGCAGGAAGAGUGUGUUGUUCAGCCCCACCACAGCGUCCCUCCCGGCCUUCAGCUGCCUGAUCCCUGACGUGGUGGACCAGGAGGACAUGACGUCCAGGCCCAGCUGCACCCUGGGUCCUGGCUCGGCCGUGGCCUCCAGCUCCACCUCCAGCGCCGGCUCCUCCCCCGGUGAGUUAAAUGGCCUGGCCAGGUACUCGGCCACCCAGGACGUGCGACAGCGAGGCAGUGACCCGUGUCUGCCCGUGUUGGACGCCGUGUUGGCGGAGAAGAAGGCGGAGGUCGUUGCGGCGGUUCCUAAACGGGAGACGCCCCUCUCCCCCGAAUGGAGCACCCUGAGGAAGAAGACGGAGGACUCUAAAGCAGACUGGCAUGGACUGCCCCCAACACCUCAAGUCCAUAUGGGCGCGUGUUUCUCUAAAGUGUUCAACGGUUGUCCUCUGAAGAUCCACUGUGCCGUCACCUGGAUCCUGCCCAAGACCAGAGAUCAGUACCUCAUACUGGGGGCAGAAGAGGGUGUCUACACACUAAACCUCAAUGAGCUUCAUGAAGACACACUAGAAAAGCUGCUCCCCCAGCGCUGCACGUGGCUCUAUGUGAUGAACAACGUGUUGAUGUCUGUAUCAGGGAAGUCCACCCAGCUGUACUCCCACAGUCUGGUGGCCCUGUUCGGGCAGCGAGGCCAGCAGCUGAGGAGACACGGGAGCCUGUCGCUGGGGACCCACCGGCUCAGCGAGAGGAUCGGCCCCGGUAGGAAGUAUGCUAUCUCAGUGAAGAUACCAGACACUAAAGGCUGCAGGAGGUGUGGCGUUGCUAGGAACCCCUACACCGACAGCACCUUCCUCUGUGGGGCCGUGCCGUCAGGACUGGUCCUCCUGCUGUGGUACGAACCACUGCAGAAGUUCAUGCAACUAAAGCACAUAGCGAUAACCCUCCCAGAGUCCCUGCCUGUCUUUGAGCUCCUGGUGCUGGUGACGGAUGAGUUCCCUCAGCUCUGCAUCGGGGUCCGAAGCAGGACGUCCUCCACGGACCCGCAGCUCAACUUUGACAUAGUCGAGCUGAACGGCACUCCCAAUAACACACCGGAGAGCAGCUGUGUAGAGACAGGACAGGUGACACAGCUGGACAGAGACACGGUUCUCAUUGCCCUGGAGAGAAGUGUUAAGAUUGUGAAUCUGCAAGGGCUUCCCACCAAAGAGCUAACCCAUGAGAUGGUCUUUGACUUCCCGAUCGACACACUAGUUUGUUUACAGGACAGCAUUCUGGCGUUCUGGAAACACGGGCUGAAAGGAAGGAGUCUUCAUUCAAAUGAGGUUACACAGGAAAUCACAGACAACACUCGCCUGUUCAGGGUGUUGGGCACAAACAGGGAUAUAAUCCUACAGAGCACACCAACCGACGACCCACAUGCGUUUAGCAACCUCUACAUCUUAACGGGUCAUGAAAGCAGCUACUGAGCGGAAGAGGAGGGCGUGGGACAGGAGCUGUUCCCUAUCAACAACGCUCAUGAAUUAAAGACAUUUUCAGCGCUCCCAUAUAUUCUAUGAAGAACUCCCAUCAGACAUGUGCAAACAGCAAGCCCUUUGUGAUUUUAAUGACGUAGCUUGCAAGAAUGUCAACGCACAAACUCUGUUGAUUGACAUUAUAACGUUAGUUUCCACACACACACACACACACACACACACACACACACACACACACACACACACACACACACACACACACACGGCUCAAUUGACUUUUCAUGCACACACACAGACACACACGCGCACACAGCAUUAUCAUUCUUUCCUGGUGAUUAAAACAAGAUAAAUGUGGUUUCAGGUAUAUGAAGUGGAUAAUUUAAGUGAACUUUUUUUUUUCUACUUUUCUACUCAAAAACGUAUCAAUCCCUUAAAAAUGCACAAGAUUGGGAUAUAAAUGCCUUAGAGAUAUAGUGCUAAAAGUUAAGUAGCAUACUGCAAGCUUGACUAAGUUUGAAGACUAAUGAUAUUCACUACCUUAAAUCUUUGUGUCAGUGUGUCAUAUUUAUGUCUGAGGUGACGUAAAUAACAACCAUUCUUUCCUGAGAGAUACUUGAAAGACAAAAUAUGUAUAUCGUUAUUUUUUUAAUUUAAUGUGUUGGUAUUUGCAUAACUGAAGAGAACAUUAUCGGACUAAAGUAUUUAAUGUAGGGCUCACCUGGGACUACUGAAGUAGCACACAUAUUCAAUGCUAUAACUGAUCAACAUUGCAAAUGAUAGUGAGUUCAGAUAAAGCUUAAACAUGUUGUAAUAUUUAAAUGAAGUGGACAUUGAAUAUGUGUUAUUUUAACUAA